AUGAGCGCAGGGCUUCUCGGGGACUAUGCGAGUGACGAGGAAGAAGUUGUGGACGAGCUGAAGGAGGGUUACGAGGCCCGCCAGGCGAUCGCACAACAGUUUCUGGAUGCUUCUUCGCUUCUCGACGACCUCGACGAAGAGGCCGAGGCAGCCCCAGAAGCAGCGGCGCCAGCAGCCUCCACAGAGGAGUUGCCCACAAGCGGCGACGCGGAAGUCGAAUCGGAAGGUCUGGGAGUCCCAGAGCCAGAACCUGCACCGACGGUGCCGCCUCCGGCGCCCACCGUCGUGCCGCCGCGGGUGCUGCCGUCACUGCCCUCCGUCUCGUCGGCUCCGCCGGUGAGUUUGGAGGAGUCCCCAGCUGACCUUGAGCCGGGAUGCAUCGUCCGGGCUUUCGGCUUGCAGAAAGCCCAGGCACUGAAUGGUCGCAAGGGCAUCGUUCGGGGUGGGCCCACUGAUGAUGGCCGAUGGCAGGUGGAGUUCUGGAAUGACAGUGGCUCCGCUGUCGAUGUGCUGCUUGA